AUGAAGCUUUCGUUCGCUCGCAAAGAGGACGAGGCGCUUUUAUUCACCGCAUCGUCUUCUUCGUCGUCUUUCCCUAAAGAUGGUGGUGGUAAUAUUCUCGCGAUUGGCCUGUGCGACGUCGCCGGCGCCGGCGUUCGCGCGUUGAAAUCUCUGACCACCAGCAGGGAAAGCGGCGGCAAACAACUCAAACGGAGAGAUUUCGAGUUGAAGUUUACCGACGAGAACGGGGGAGAUUUGGUUGGAAAGAUGAUUGGAAAUAAGAACGGCGAGAAAGAGACGGACAAGGAAGAGGAGGAGGAGGAAGAAGAAGACGAUAUCAGCGCGUUGGAACGAGCGAUUUUCGUGAAGACGAGCGACGAUGGCGAAGCGUUGGAAGAUGCUCCAGCUGUGAGUUUGGUACAGUUUACGGACGACGCUGAGGAGAAUAACGCGGUCGUGCUUUCGUGCUUGGCGAUUAACAUGAUGGUACCGGAACGAGACGAAGCGAGCGCGUGUCACGCAGUGGUGAGGUUUGUGAGAGAGCAUUUAGAAAAUUGCGCUCGGAAGAUUGUUUUUUGCGCGGCGAUGAAGCUCGAGCGAGGGGUGACGCGAGGCGACGCGGAGAAAGAUGUCUAUUGUUUCGGUGAGAGCGAGACUGUUGAGAACGAGAAAUUAACGCGAUUGGAUGAAAAGGCGACCAGAGUUCGCGAUGGUUUGUUGAAAGGUCUCAUCUCUGGCUCUCGAUGUGCGUUUGGGAGUGAAAACGUGUCGGGUAUCGUCGUGCCCGGGUUCGCGGUGCCGAGAGUGGGCGGGAGCGAGAUGGAGAUGGAGAACGUUUAA